GGAGCGAAGGACCAAUAUGGCGACAAAACAAAACGCUUAACAUCCGAAAGUUAAAAAUGUGGCUUACAUAAAUUAUUGACUUUCUAUAUGAGUUUAUGAUGUGUUUAAAGCAAUUUAGCUAACGCAUACUGGGUGGUGUAUUUUUUACAGAAGAAGACCAGAAGACACUGUUUUAUUCAGAACCGUUUCAUCAGCUGAACUAGUAUACAUUUGAAUCAAAAUAAUGUGGGGUGAGAUUGAAACUCCGGCUAAAACGCAACCGCUGUCGUUUGAGAGUGAAGACAAGAGAGAAUUGACAGAAAAAACGGAGACACAGUCCGUACAGACCGUGUUACACAACAGGACAAACAGUCAGCAGCCUCCGCAGCAGUUGUCCGUGACACAGGGUGUAUCUGGUUGUGCUAAUGCCGUGGUUGAGGCCGUAGCUUUGAGUGGAAACCUUGUGAAGAGCCAGCAGAUCGGAGAGGCUGAGCUGACCCUGGAGGAGCGAAGACAGGAGCUGCUGCAUCAGUUCCAGAGCAGACCACUGGUGUUCCUGGAGAGGUACCAUUCCUGCCUGAAGCCCCAGCACCUGUCAGCGUUUUCUCAUGUUAGCCUGGAUCCACGAGCCCAACAUUACAGCAAAGUCAUACAGAGACGAGCGGCUGGAUGUCCUAACAAGACCAGAGUCAGAAACCAUCGAUAUGCUGCCCUGAGGGCCCUGCAGAAGGAGGGCCAGUAUUUCAGUGAGGAGCAGAUGCGGAUGAGGGAGCCGCUGCUGUAUGAGCAGUACAUCGGCCAGUACCUGACAGAUGAGGAGAUACUGGAGCGGUCACAGGAGGCGAUGCUCGAUGAUGCACAGGGGGGAUCAGGGGCACCAGGUGGAGGCACAGGAGGCCUCGCCCACCUCCUCCUCGACUCAUACCAGGAGCGCCUCAUCCAGAACCGCCUUCAGGAGGAGCAGGAGAGAGAAGAAUGUGCACAGGAAGAGGACGAGGAUGAAGAUGAGGAAGGUGAAGAUAAUAGGGUGAAGGAGAAGGAGUGGGCACCCACACCAGAGGAAAAGGCUCUGCUUAAGGAGGAAUUCAUCAGUCAGAUGCACCAGCACUUCUUAGACGGAAAAGAUAAAGACUUCAACUACAGCGAAGUGGACGAGAACCCAGACUACGACAACUUGGACAUUGUCACCCGAGAUGCAGAGGACAAAUAUUUUGAUGAAGAUGAUGAGGAGGAAGAGGAGGAGGAGGAAGAAGAAGAGAUGGAAAGUGACAAAGAGGAAGAAAAUAUGAAAAAAUAAGCUCGCUGACUGCUCAUGACUGUAAAUACAAAUAUAUAGAACUCUGUUGGUAAUAAAUACUGUUCUUGUUCUCUUUGCA